AUGACAUCCUCAGCCCCAGGUUUGUGUGGCCGGAUGGUUUCUCCCUCCUAGCCACUGUGUGGCACUGUGCUAUUUCAAUCAUCGCUGUGACAGCGGGGUGGUAUCCGGCGCCGCUGCAUAUAUAUACACAGGUGGGUGGUUUCACCUCAGUCUCAUGCUUUCUCUUGAGCUCUCCCCGUGGUGGUAACUGCAGCCAAGCGGGCUGGAUCUGGCGUGAUCAAUCGGGACGCACAUAUCAUUGGUACAGUGACGCUGGGAGACGGGUCGCUCCGUUCAGCGUGCCGUGGGUGCUUCUGUGACGACAGGGUAAGCUAUGCGGUCCACAUUAUGUGAUCUGAUGUGUCAACUGGUCCCUGAUUUUGUGUGGUUGCUGCAGUUUAUUUGCUGCUGCUGUCGUUGGAUCUCCUCCUCCUGCAUUGCUUCUACGCUGCGCCACAGCUAACCGGGUUGCAGCUAGACGUGUGGUUCAUUGGACGUCAUCGUUCCCUGGACUGGCUGCUGUUUCGGCUGCCUCGGCUGUUUCGGCUGCCUCGGCUGUCUCGGCUGUCUCGGCUGUUUCGGUUCUUUCUUUCUUUUCGCCGGCUCUUGGUUGCGGCUCUUGUUCUCGGUCUGUUUGCCGGCUCUGUGAUUGGUGCCGACAACUUGCUGUGUUUGACUGUGUUGGUGUGUAUUUUCCAUUAGGUUUACCGCCAACGUGUGUAGAGUUACUGCAUUGUACUUUUUCUGUAAAAAACCUCAGGCUAUGAGGAUUAUCAUGCCUCAUAUGUCACCUGUGUUUUAAAAGUUAUUGUGUGGGGUGAGUGUGCGUGUGUGUUUUUACUGUGUAUAUUGGUCUGGUCACCAGCACUGCUAAAUCAGGAGUACUAAUUAUUUGUUUCUUUUGUGCAUGUUUGGUGAGCCUCGGCGGCAGUUUAAUCCCUGGUGGUGGUUCACGGAUCCCUUUUCGUUGGUGUGUUGUCACAGGUGUGAUUAUUUGGACCCCCUUUUUCUUCUUUUUGGUUAUUUGUUUGCCUGCCGCCAUGGUAAGCCAGCCUGCUCCCUUUAUUGUUUAAGUUUAGUACUCCUGAUUCUCUCUUUUAAACUGGUGGCUUGCUUUUUAUAUUUAAUGCCAUAAUUAAUAAAGAAAUUGUUGUAUUUUUGGAAACACGUCUCAGCCCAAGUGAUUAUGAACCUGUGUGCCUUCAGUGUUUAAAUGGUCCUUGGUUGAUCAUGUUGAAUUGAAUGUCCCGGGGGUGAAAUUCCCCUGGGUGGCGUUGUCGCAAUAUUUAUGUGAAUCCUAGCCAUUUCUCUCCAUUCCCCUUCCCUUAGAGCGCCCCCUCGCCACGCCACAUUCUGGCGUUGUCAGCAGGAUUUCACAUUUAAAGGGCAGAGACGUGUUCCUCAUUAUGUUUUUUUUUUUUUCUUGUGGUGUUAAUUUUAAGUGUACAUGCAGUGGUAGAGCCGAGACAGCAGUCUUAAUCCUAGGGAUUUCCUUUUGUUUGUUACCUGUGAGAGGCCUUGGUACAGCUUCUUCUUCGUGGGUAUGGAGGAGGAGGAGGCUCAGGGACCUAAUGUCACAGCUUAAAGCGGAAAACGAACGGCUCCGGCAGCAGUGGGCUGCAGAUGUCAGUGGAGCGGCUUCUUCAUCUUCCGCUGCUUCAGCUAGGCAGGCUUCUGCUGCAGCUGAAGCCGCUGCUGUUACAGAGCGGCUGGUUGUUAUUCCUCGGGACCGUAAAUGUUCCAUGUUUAAUGGUAGGUCUGGUAUAGAAAUAACAGAGUGGAUAGAGGAGAUAGAAGCCUGUAUGCGUACCCGCCGUCUUUCUAUUGCAGAUCAGGCGUUGUUUAUUUUUGACCAUUUAGAGGGAGAAGCAAAAGAGAUUAGAUUUUGGCCUAGUCGAGAGCGAGGUGAUCCACCCACUGUGUUUGCCAUCUUAAAGGACCUAUAUGGUUGUGCUCAGUCCCAUGUCAUUCUACAGCAGGCUUUCUUUUCUCGCCGUCAACUUGACGGUGAAACCCUGCAGGAGUUCUCCUUGGCCCUUUUGGCUUUAAUGGAGCGGGUGAAGCAGUGUGUGCCGGAUGGGAUGCCCAAUGCCGAUCAGCUUCUUCGUGAUCAGUUUACGGAGCAUGUUCUUGACAGUGCUCUCCGUCGAGAGCUUAAACAGUUUGUGCGUGGUAAGCCUGAUGCCACCCUGUUGGAGCUGCGCAGCGAGGCUAUUAGGUGGGAGAGAGAGGGUCUCCCUGGGGGUGCUAGGGGGCGAAGUGUUUCUCUUCCUGCGGUUCAUGGCUUCCAGUAUGGGGUGCAGGGCCAUCUUAACCCAGUCCAAUCAGUUGCCCUGUCGAACCCUGAUUGGGAUGAGUUAAUGGAGCUUAUGAAGCAGCAACAGGAGCAGCUCAACCAGCUUACCCAAACAGUAGCAUCCUUGCAUGCUCCUUACUUACCAAAUCGCACUUCUGGUAGUCGUCCUGUCAUCUGUAGAAGGUGUCAGCAGCCAGGCCAUUUUGCUUGAGAUUGCAAAGCUGAGCGGUUUCCCUCUCAUGGUCGUGUCAAUGAGGGUGCUGGCUUGGGCUUAAACUCAGCCAAGCGCUCUAAUCCCCGCUACCAGUCGGGAAACUAAAGCCCACUGAGCUGUUGAGCCACAGCUCAGUUGGGGGGUCAACAGGCUCACUGGACGGUGCAGAGGUGGGAUUGAUUGCUCCCUGUUCAAAUAUUGAUGUUUCCAUUGGGGGAGUUCCUGUUUCAUGCUUGGUUGACACUGGUUCUAUGGUGUCUACUAUUACUGAAAGUUUUUUCCUUGCACAAUUUGCGCUUUCGGGCCAUGAUCGCCUGCAGUCUUGCCACUGGUUACAGCUACGAGCUGCUAAUGGAUUAGCGAUUCCAUAUCUCGGUUAUUUGGAGCUGGAUGUUCUUUGUGGCAAGGUGAUUCCCCGUUGUGGAAUCCUUGUUGUUAAAGAUCCUCCUGGUGCCGUGUCUCCAGUUCCCGGGAUCCUAGGGAUGAAUGUGAUUCGUCGCUGCUACCGUGAACUUUAUGGGACAUUUGGUCCUUCUCUUUUUGAGUCUCCACCUGUAUCACAGGCACCCGGUCCAGUGGUCAUGGCUUUGGAGGAGUGUCAUCAGUCAGCCACUCUGGCUCCACAGAGCACUGUUAGCACUGUGAGGGUUCGAGGUAAACAUGCUGUACGUAUACGUGGUGGGGUGAUGCAGCUAGUACCUGUCAUGAACGGUUCUCAGGCCAGGUUGCCCUGCUUGAGCCCCCUGAGGCAGGUUUGCCUGCU